AUGAGAAUCGAGCUCGUAAAGAUUCGUCCAUUUCGAUCGUAUAACCCGCAACGGCACCCUUUGACAGAAGUUCCCGUUUCUCUCUUUCCGUCCACUGCUGCUUGCUUUCUCCCCGUUCCAUCCUUCUACGCUCCGCCCUCCAAACGGCCGGUCCUUCUUUUCGUCGAAAAUCUUCCACUAGCUCUUUGUUGACGGUUUUCGCAUCAGACGCAAAAUGCACGAAGAUUUUCGUUUUUCCGUUUCGGAAUUCGGCAGUAUUACGGAAGACAACGAGCGUGAAAUGAGGAAACGAGGCUGACGUCAGGGAAUCUGAUAUGGCAUCCGGACGAACAAGAUGUCGUUCCCAAGAUGUGCCGAAUACGCGCCAACCGGUCUGAAAAACCACUAUCACGAAACUUGUACUAGAAUUGAAUGUUUCGAGAAAUUGAUAUUUUGUGUGUUCAGUGAACGGUUUCAGGCUCACCUCGUGAGCUGGUUCAAUGACUGAUUUGAUGAGAGCAGAUUCAUUGGCGGUAAGGGCAGGAAGAGAUUGAACGUUGGUCCUUUGGCCAUUUUGCGUGAGCACUAGUAGUUCAUGAAAUCCUGAAUCUUCUACCGUGAAGGAGACAUCUUCUAAGGGAUACAUUGCAGUGAACGUGGCAUCGAGCAGGUCCGACGAUGCCAGACUAGACACUUGGGAAAAGGUGCGUAGACGUGAAGGGAAUGAGGCGAUAGAGCGAGCACAAACAUGCUGCCUGCAGUUUAGGUGAAGGUCAGCAGGUGGCAGAAGUGAAGGCGAUAGACCAGCUAGUCGGAACCACGUUGCUAAAUCUCUCUUUCCCAUUCAUCUCAUGGCCUGCUAGCCGCCCUUGCGCAUCGAAACUGCGAGUUUCUUUGAAGUCACCAGUGAUCGUACGCCAAGCGUUCGCAAUUGAUCGUCCGACAGAGUCUCGUAUUAUCAUCAGCGAUAUUCGCACAUCACCGAUGACAAUCUUCAGAGAAACAGGCUGUCUGUAGAUGUCAAGCGAUGUUUCGUGCAUCAUCUUGAAUCCCUGGAUUCUAAUCAUCGUCGACUCCCUCAAGAUUUGAUAACCAGCAUAUGCGGACAUGAAGGCAGUUCGUUCAUCGUAUGUAAGCAGCAAUGGUUCCACAGCUGUGCCAGAGAUAACAGCCUGAAUAGAAGUCGGUCGCAAAAGUUCGUCAUGUUCCACGGCAAAAGACGAAUCAAGCCAUCCAUUCCUUGCCUGCCUUCGUUCACUCAAUGUCACUAGCAACGGACCCUGGUACGUCAGAUUCACUUCCAGAUGAGCUGAGUUCACUGUUGCGAGUUCAUUAGCCUUGUAGGUGAAUAUGGUAACGUCCGAGUCACACAUCUCUUUCACUACUCGAUCGUAUUUGUCGCGCUGUAGAAGAACAUGAUGGAGUUCGUCUGCGGUAGUCCACUCUAGCAGUCGUCCGUCGAAGUCUUCUGCCGCAACAAAAGGCUUUUUCGUGAAGGGAAUUCUUCUGCCUAGAGAAUCGUAGUUAAUAGUGAGGUUCGCCAAUCGGUACACCGCAUCAGUAUCGACCGGUGCUUCUUGAACAAUCUGCCGCAAUUCUCCACUAUCCAUAUACAUUAAGUGAAGGGUUUCAUCUUCUGAUUUUGCACUUAUGACGUCACUCUUCGUAACUCGAUCGAAUGUUACGGUAAAUACGUUUACGCCGUUGACCUCAGCAACUCGGCGUUCUGCUCCACCACGUUUCACAAACGGGCGCCAGUCAAACCGUGACGUGAGCGAACGACGCGAUGGAUUCUGUAACGUAUCAAUGGUCGUUUUUAUCUUCAGCACACUACUUUCACCGUGUACUGGAUGUGUAUUUGCAUCCAAGAGCGACGUCAUACCACCAUGUAAUACAGAAAAUCCAUCGUCCAUGUAAAUGACUCGCGAUGAGGACGAGUCAUCAAAAGCCACUUCAGAUGUCCUGGAUGUGAAGGUGGCGUAGGGAUCGCCAUUUCGGAGCACAUUCGUCGUUACCCAACCUCCAAGCACCUUUUCGUCGACAAUACGGAACUCCUUCCCGUCAUUUCGCAUCGCUGUCACACGCCCUUUGUCAUUGUACUCGUAUACGGUAACUGCACCACCUUGUGAUUGAGAAAUCAGUAGACCUCCAGGCAAAUAAUUCAGACGAAUCGGUUCUCCUAUUCCUGUCUGUACGCUUUCGAUGACACCGUCGUAGAUGCUGGUCACCAACACCGUUCGUUGACCAGAUGGUGUUUCGAUUGUACAGUGAGACUCGUUGGCGCGAAUGAAUCGUAGCUGAUACCCACCGGCUCCAUGAAUGGAUGAGAGGCGGCCAAGGCUUUUAGGAUGCUGUAAUAUCGAUGCCGUCGUAGGGUAUUUGAUUAAAGCGGCAGUUGUAUCUGAGGACCUAGCGGUACGGCAUUGAUCCGUGUAUCUCGUCUGAGACGCUGGCGAUAGAGUCGACGUUGUAGUCCGUACUGCUGUGAUAAGGACAUCUCAUAUGAGUUGUACUUAG